AUGCGUGAUGCCAGAUUCCGAGACGGCACUGCACAGAAUCUUUACCAACCCAACGGCACCACAUUUAAAGGGCUGGAAGUCCUCAUUCAAGAACGACGUGCCAAGGGACAUGAUCUCCUGGAUCCUGAUUCCAUCAAUCCAGCAACCAACAAGAAGUAUGUCGUGCAGUGUGGUGGAAGCGGUGCAUUCAAAUGCCGCACCACAACCAACACCAAGUGCUGUCUACGGAAGAUGAUGUACUCUGAGCCGGAUUUCAAGAAUCAGAAAUCAAUCUUGGAAGAACACUGCGAGAGACGCGGCUAUUGUGUUCUUUUUUCCCCCAAAUUCCACCUAGAGCUGAAUUUUAUUGAGCAGUGUUGGGGCUACGCCAAGCGGAUCUACUGGAUGUACCCCGAGUCCACCUCCGAAGAUGCUCUUCGUGCCAACCUCCUGCAAGCUGUCGCAUCGGUGCCGAUCGAGUCAAUGCGAAGAUUUGCAACACGUUCAUCGCGCUUUGGGGAUGCCUAUUUCUGUGGGCUCAAUGGGGCGGAGGCUGCUUGGGCCAAUAAGAAGUAUCGCGGACAUCGAACCUUGCCUCUGUCAUACACCGAGGACUUGCGGGAGGCCAAGAUGUCAUGGCCAGCUUGGAAACUGGGUCCAGUGCAGGCUUGA